AUGAACAACCCACACGCUGUUCAGGAAUUUACAGUUUAUGUAGGUAACAUAACGCCUGAGGUUCCAAAAGAGCUGAUUCACGAGCUGUUCCUGCAAGUGGGUCCUGUUAAAAGCAUUCGAUACCCCAAGGACAGAAUCCUGGACACGUACCAGGGAUUUGCAUUUGUAGAGUUUUAUAGCGCCGAAGAUGCAGAAUAUGCAUGUAAAUGCUUGAACAACGGUGUGAAGUUGUACGGGCGGGCUCUCAAGGUGCGCAAGGCAAACGGCACCGCGAAUGGGCCAGGCUCAGACAGUGCGAGCCAGGCUGGGGCUAUAAGCGGGGGAGCCAAGCUGUUUGUGAAAAAUAUUGACGAACUUGUGGAUGCAGCGGCUUUGGGUAAGAUCUUUUCGAAAUUUGGGCCGCUCGUAAGACCUCCCGAGAUUUUCAGCCUGAAGCAGAAUCAAAUGAGAUGUGCAUUCGUGUAUUUCACGACUUUCCAGCACUCAGAUAAGGCCCUGGCAAAACUCAAUGGCCAGAUGGUGAUGAACAGAUGCAUCAGCGUGGAUUACGCCUUGAAAGAGGGCAGCAGGAGUGAGAAACACGGCGACGAGGUCGAAAGACUGCUCGACGCUGAGGCAGCCAUUAACAACGUGGGUGUAGCGUAG